CGCUACAGUGCGCGCUGAUGCCGCAGCUCCAGUCUCUCUCUCUCUCUGUUUCUGAUAAUAACACAGCACAGUCAUGGCGACAGUGACAGUCCAACCGCUCACCCUGGAGCGAGAUGUUGCCAGGGCAAUUGAGCUGCUGGAAAAAUUACAGGAGUCAGGUGACGUCCCGGGUCACAAACUGCAGUCCCUGAAGAAGGUUCUACAGAGCGAGUUCUGCACGGCCAUUAGAGAGGUCUAUCAAUAUAUGCAUGAAACAAUAACGGUGAAUGGCUGUCCAGAGUAUCAAGCACGCGCCACAGCUAAGGCCACAGUGGCAGCAUUUGCAGCCAGCGAGGGUCAUUCUCACCCACGGGUGGUCGAGCUGCCCAAGACAGAUGAGGGGCUUGGAUUCAAUGUGAUGGGUGGAAAAGAGCAGAACUCACCGAUUUACAUCUCCCGCAUCAUCCCAGGGGGCGUAGCUGAGAGGCAUGGCGGUCUUAAGAGAGGCGACCAACUCCUGUCCGUCAAUGGAGUGAGUGUUGAGGGUGAACACCACGAAAAGGCCGUGGAGUUACUGAAAGCAGCCAAGGACAGCGUCAAACUGGUGGUGCGUUACACCCCUAAAGUCCUUGAGGAGAUGGAGGCGAGGUUCGAGAAGCUCCGCACCGCCCGCAGACGCCAGCAGCAGCAGCUCCUUAUGCAGCAACAGCAGCAGCAAAACCUGGCCACCCAGCAGAACCACAUGUCGUAGGCUGUUCCAAAAGAAAAAAAAGUAGAGGACACUGGGUGAGACUGGCAUACUCUCACAGUCGUGAUGUAAGGAGGUCCAAGAGAUCUCAGAAGAGGACCCUUACUGUUCUCCAGUGAAGACUAUCCUCUUUCAGUCAACUACCUACAACUCAAAAAGGUUGAAAACUCCAUGAUCUGUGUUCUAAAUUGGUGCUUGGAAAAAAGUACAUGAUGGCUAAAAAGAAAGGCUAGCACUGAGUCCAUGGUUUUACACUUACUUGUUCAUUAUUUCAGUUGUCUGGAACCAAUCGCAAGUUGUGACCCUCUUAAAAAGUCCCUCUUGUAGUUUUGUGAUAAUGUGUUUUCUCAACAUGUAUUUCUAAAGCAUUCAAUGAUUUGUUUUUACUAUUGUUUUAUUUCUGUUGCCACAGCGCUGUACAGUAACUUUUCGAAGGGUUCUUUUGGUGCUGGUGUCUCUGUGAAUAGAAAGCGCUUUUUAUGUCAGUCGUCCUUGAUUGGAUAACACUGAGGUAUUUUAUACCAUAUUGUAGCAAGGGAUAUUUUGUAAAGAAAGUAGAUUUAGCAAUAACACUUGUUUUGUCAUAUUCUACUGUCAAAUUAUCUAAAAAAAAGUCAAUUUUAGGCGUGGAAAUUAAUCUUGCGAGAGUAAAGUUACUACAAAACUGUAUCUUAUGCACCAUGUGACAUAAGUCAGACUAAACCAUAAACAUCAUUUGCACAGAAUGUUCUUAUGAGAUCACUGUAUCACAGUGCCAUUGACAGAGAUUAUCUUGUACAUUUGGCAUAUUGUACAGCAGACAUAUUUAAAGGUAAAGUGUGUCAUUUUUGAAAAUACUUUCUCAGACAAACUAAUAUACCAAUUAAAGUAUAAGUAAGAAGUUUAAACACCGCAUCGAUAUAUCAAAAUACUGCACAGUUUGUUUGUGCAUCCAACCAGUAGCAUGAGUUUGGGGCAGGAUUUUAUGUUUGGAAACCAACAGCAUAAAUGUUUGGAAACGGUCCUUAUUUUGGCGCAGAAAUUACACACUACACCUUUAACAGGUCAUGCAUUCAUGACAGCUGUACAGUUUUGAUGCGUUUUAUGGUUGUGAUGUCACUACUGAAAUUAAUUCUAAUUCAGAAAUAUUCUAUUUAAGUUCAGACGUUUAUAGUUGAUAUUAUUAAAUUAUUUACUAUGAGGACAAACGGAAUGUCAAACACAGAUACGUGAUAUCUACAAAUGAAGGUAAAUCAUUACAUAGUAUUUUAUUAUUUUAAAGUUCUAUUUUCAAGUUAUUAUCUCAGAGGUUUGAAAGAUUAUUAAUCGUGUUGUUCUGUAUCGUUAUAUUUGGUAUAACAAACCACCUCAUUCACUAGAAACAUUGUAACAUUGUCCUGUUUUGACAAUCAAUUUAAAAAGCAAGCAUUAAGCCACUGCAUUUUGUUUUUAUUUAUAAAUAUAUAUAAUUUUUAUUUCACAGCUUCAUUCCCUCAACACAAAUUGUCAAAAGCUGGCAAACUGUCUAUCCAUUGCAGUGCUGUAGUUGUACUGUUAGUUAAAGUCUUAGAAGCAAAACUGUAAAUCAGCAAGUAGUUGAAGACCACCAGUAAUCAAAGGUAAUAUUGUAUCUGUGUUAUUGUAAUUUGAUUUGAUGGUUUUCCUGACGUAGGACUUUUGGUAGAUACUUAAAUUAGUUCCUUUGUUGGUUGGUUUUUGAGUAAUCUCAGACUGUGGGUAACAUGUAA